AUGUCACCCGAUCGCGCUGGAUACCCUCCAUUGUUCACUAUGAGAAAGACAAACUCCUUACCCGGGCUGUUUUGCAAGAUCUCGGGCGUGGGACCAGUCACGUUGGUGGUGGUGACCUGCGGAACACAAUUCGAUAUCACCAUGGCUAACCUGAAGUCUCUUGUGGCUUUCUCCAGGGCGCAUCUGCGCCUCCUGCUAUUUUCUGAUGCCGACAACAUCCAACAUCUUCAGGACACGCUCCGAGAGUGGCCAGCUAGCGUCCUCGAACGGGUAACCUACGAGAUGCGCCUCGUUCGUCCGCCCAAGAGCCUGGCAGGGCCCGAAAACUGCACUUUUCAGCGGCUUUUUAUGCCGAGACUGCUAUCUGAGGAAGACGGAGUCCUGUACGUGGACUCGGACGCCGUAUUCUUUCACCCUGUGGAAGAUCUCUGGAACUACUUUGGUCAGAUGAACGACCAGCAACUGGCUGUAGUAUUUUCUGACGUCGAGGACGAGGCACUUACCAUCUAUAAUGAAUGGGAAAUGCCCCACUAUAAGCGUUACGGAAUCAAUGCCGGGGUAAUGCUGAUGAACCUCACGCGGAUGCGAAACUCUGGUCUGGACGCACUCCUCCUUUCGUGGAUGGACAAGUAUCACCACAAGGUGCUAGAUUUCCACGACCAGGACAUCAUCAACACCGUGUUCCACCACCAUCCUGAGAAGGUUUUCCACGGGCCGUGCAAGUGGAACUUCGUGCAUUUGGUCUGCCUGUCCAACAUUUCGUGCAGAGGCGAGACGCCUGCUCUCGUCCACGGGACAUACCAAACGUUCAGUGAUUCUUACCGAGUGCCAGCCUACAGGGCCAUCGGCAAGGCUAUGCAGCAGGUCAGUUGA